GUAUAUUUUCCCACCAUAAUAUUAACAUACAUCCUCUUCUUUGCAAUGGCAGUUUCUUCGCUUCUCCGCCUCCUUUUCUUCUUCGUCUUCUUCAUAAUAUUUGUCGAUGGUCAAUGCCUCGAUGAUCAAAAAAAGUUGUUACUUGAUCUCAGGAGCGAAUUCAAAUUCAAUUCCUCCAUUUCUCGGGCUUUAGUGAAAUGGAAUGAGACAGGUGAUUGUUGCAAAUGGAGAGACGUCGGAUGCGAUGACUCUGGCCGCGUUAUCAGUUUGAACCUGUACGACGAAGGCAUCUCCGGAAGAAUUGAUUUGGACCUCUCAAACAAUCAUUUGCAAGGUGAUAUUCCUAGUUGGAUUUGGGGAACUGGAAUGAGCUCUUUGAACCUUUCUCUUAAUCUUCUGACAGAUUUUCAAAAGCCUUACCAUAUACCGGGUUCUCUUCAAACACUAGACUUGCACUCUAACCUUUUGAGUUGUGAGUUUCCCUUACUACGUCCACACGCAAACGAAUCUGAUUAUGAUUUUGCCAAUUUCUUGUUUCUCGCAAACAAUAGGCUAACCGGAGUUGUUCCAACCUCCAUAUGCAACAUACCUAGACUUAAGGUUCUCGACUUGUCUUUCAAUAACUUGAACGGUAGCAUACCUCCCUGCCUACUUGAAGAAGGUUUUUACCUUAAAGUGCUCAAUCUUAGGGGAAACAACAUUAUUGGUGUUAUCUCUGAUACAAUAAUUGGGGAGUGUGCCCUUAACACCUUUGAUGUUAGUGAUAACAACUUAGGAGGGAAGAUUCCAAAGUCUUUGGCAAAUUGUAAUUAUUUAGCGGUGAUGAAUGUUGGAAACAACAACUUUGAAGAUAGUUUCCCUUGCAUGGCGCUGUCGGAGAGCUUGAAGGUUCUUGUGUUGCGCUCCAACAGAUUCCAUGGAGAGUUGAGAUGUGGUAAGAGUUGGCCUGAUCUUCAAAUUCUGGAUAUAUCUUCAAAUAAUUUCAGUGGCACUCUGAAUCAGCUAAACAUCUCAAGUUUGAGAGGAAUGAUGCUCCAAAGUCAGGCACGUAGGCCUACCCGUUCAGCCUCUGAUAUUCUGAGUGUAAACAAUCUUUACCGAGAUGAGGUGACAAUAAUAUUGAAAAAUGUAGAGGUGAAGCUCGUGAAGAUUUGGCCCGACUUUACAUCCAUUGAUUUGUCAUCCAAUCAUUUUCAAGGAGAAAUACCGGAUGCAAUUGGUAAUCUUACCUCACUCUAUCUUCUCAACUUAUCCCACAAUUCUCUCACUAAUGCAAUCCCGAGAUCAUUGGGCGCCUUGACAGAGCUUGGGUCGCUUGACCUCUCUUCGAACAAGCUCACUGGGAGAAUACCAGAGGAGCUCACAAAACUCGAUUUCCUAUCAUUCUUGAAUCUGUCUUACAAUCAUCUCAUUGGACCGAUCCCAACUGGCCGCCAGUUUCAAACGUUUUCGGCAGAUUCAUAUGUAGGAAACACGGGGUUAUCUGGUUUACCACUCAACGGAAGUUUCAACAACCGCCGACCACCUGCCUCAUCUCCAUCAGAGGAUUCAGAAUCAAAAGAUGAGGAGAUUAAGUGGGAAUAUGUGUUUGCUGCAUUUGGUUACGUUGUGGGAUUUGGAAGCUUUGCAUGGAUACUUUCAUGUUGCAGAAGCUUGAGAGAAAGAUACUUUGAGAAGAUAGAAGAGGUUGCUGACAAGACAUUCUAUGAGAGAGGAAGGAGAAAAAGACAUGAAAGAAGAUUAAGAAGAAGAAGAGAAGAGAAGAAGAGAAGAGAAGAGAGGAGGAAUGGGCUCAGGAGAUAUCAUGAGUAAAGGUUUACUGUGUAAUUUGGCUUGUGUUUAAUGAUCAUAUGGUAUGGUGUAAUGUCUGUUUCUUUUUGUGUGCUCCAAACUUUAUAGUACGGUCUGUUUUUGUAAUAUAUCUUAUUUUAUAAAUAGAUUAAACAAUAUUGUUCUGUAUGUGUCAAUUUGGAGUUUUUGUAUGACUAAA